AUGGAGCAUAUGGAGACAGACAAUAAAACUGCAAUAACUACAUUCAUUCUCCUGGGAUUUGGGAAUGCCCCUGCACUUCAGAUUCCUCUCUUCCUGGUUUUCCUAAUAAUCUACAUUGUGACUAUGGCUGGAAACAUCAUCAUCAUCGUGUUAGUAAUCACAGAUCAUCACCUUCACACACCCAUGUACUUCUUUCUUGGAAACCUGUCUUGUUUGAAGGCCUUCUACACUUCAACUCUUCUCCCCAGGAUGUUGGCCAGUUUCCUGACAGGAGAUAGAACCAUUUCUGUUGGGGGCUGCUUUAUCCAGUUUUACUGUUUUGGUAUACUUGUGAUUGCUGAAUGCUACCUAUUGGCAUCAAUGUCCUAUGAUCGGUAUUUGGCAAUAUGCAAGCCUCUCCAAUAUGCAACUCUCAUGAGCAGAAAACUCUGCUUUCUGUUGUCAGCUGUAUCUUGGAUUUGUGGGAUAAUGGCUAUGAGUUUAGUAAUAAGUUUGAUGUCACAGCUGAAAUACUGUGGCCCCCAUGAAAUUGAUCAUUUCUUUUGUGACUUGACACCAGUGAUCAGUCUGUCAUGCAGUGACACAACUCUAGUGACACUGGUGGGCCUCACAGUAUCUGUCAUAGGUAGUGUUCCUUGUCUUCUGACCCUGUUGUCUUACAUUCGUAUAAUUGCUGCCAUCAUACGAAUCCCAUCUUCAGAUGGGAGAAAAAAGGCCUUUUCCACCUGUUCUUACCACCUCAUUGUAGUUUCCAUAUUCUAUGGUUCAUUGAUAUUUGUAUAUGUUCUACCAAAAAAAGAAGCUCUGAGAGAAGUGGACAAGAUCUUCUCAGUCUUCUAUACUGUCUUGACUCCUCUAAUUAAUCCCCUCAUCUAUAGUCUAAGAAACAAAGAAAUGUCUGAAGCAACUGCUGGAUACGUGGGGCUCCCGCUUCUGUUUGAUGGCAUCUGGAUGUGCAUGAAGAUGAUCGCCAGUGGUGUUAGCCUUAGCAAUGGCUUCCAUCAAGAGUGA